GAGAGGAAACUCCAGCAGAGAGGCUGAGAAACGACCAGAAGGAAGAUCUUUGUUUUUAAAAGUCUCUGCAUCCUCUGGAGCGGCAGCUGAUCAUUUUCAUCGUCACCAUUGUUUCUUUUUGCACCUUAAAGACUAAAUACUGCUGCUGCUGGACUCUUGGAGACACUUCCCUAACAGCUUUUCUGACAGGAUCAGGUCAGAAUCUUUCUGGAGUCGGACGGAGAGCCUGAAAAGGACCGUUUGGUUUCUGGGAGGUGGAGGAGAAAGUCCAGGGAGAAGAAGAAGAAGAGGAAGAGGAGGGUGUCCACAUUGAGGAAGAGCAUCCUCACCACCCAAACACACCCUUCAGACAGCCGGACUUCAGUUGUUUCUCUGAAUUACUGCUUCUAGGUGCUUUAAAAAAGCUCAGAGAGUUCUCCAUCGUUUAAAUCCAGGUCCAGCGUUGGUCCUUCCAGGGUACCGUAGAGGUCUACAGGAGGACUGAGACUCCCAGGACACCUCAGCAGCAGAAUGGACCUCCCACCAAUCAGAGGUUUAUCUGAUGUGCCGUGAGCGUUGGGAGUCCGUCGCCCGGCUGGCUCAGGAUGGACCCCACUCAUUCCCUGAGGAUGGAGAUGGACUCUGUGCUGUCGCUCGACCAGAUCCGUGCCCUCCGGGCCAACAAUGACUACGUGGAGAGGCCCGUGGCGCUGGAACCGGCGACCCAGACUGGAUUUUUUUAUCCCCACGAUGACCGUUACCCUCAGGGAGUAUACGCCCAUCACCCGCAGCCUUCCUUCCCCUCGGCGCUUUCCCGCAGCCAAAGUCAGCAGCAGCACGCUCAGUUGACACGCCUGAGCCGUUCCAGCACCAUAAGCUCUUCCAUGUCUCGGACCAGCGCCACCUCAGACCAGCGGCUCCUGGCCGGUUUGACUCCGUCCCACUCCGGGCUGAGUUCGGUGGUCCAUUCUCAGCCUAAAGGGGACCUGAAGCCGGACGCCUCGUUGGGUAAACGCCUGGCGGGAGACGAGGCCGAGCUGGGUCUCCACCUGUUCAUCUGCGAGCGCUGUGGUCGCUGUAAAUGUCACGAGUGCUGUGCUCCCCGCCGCCUGCCGUCCUGCUGGGCCUGCGGUCAGCGCUGCCUGUGCUCGGCAGAGAGCGCCGUGGAGUACGGUACCUGCCUGUGCUGCGUCAAAGGCCUGUUCUACCACUGCUCCGCCCAGGACGACGAGGACAACUGCGCCGACCGGCCGUGCUCCUGCGCUCCGGCCCACGCCUGCGCCCGCUGGAGCUCCAUGGGGCUGCUGACGCUCUGCCUGCCCUGCCUCUGCUGCUACCCCCCUGCCAGGCUGUGCCUUGCCGUGUGUCGGUGCGCCCACGACCGGGCCACGCGACCCGGCUGCCGCUGCAGCAACACCAACACCGUGUGCCGCAAGAUCUCCGCCUCCAACCCUAACCCCUGCCACCCGUCGCUCCACAGCAAAGGCCUGGAGAAGCCGUUAUGACAGGUGCAUCCAGACCCCUGCAGCCGAAGCAACGCUGUCGCCGACUAGCCACAGCCCACACUGUGACCACGGUGCCAUCGUCACCCAUCUACCUACGUACGACAAGCCAACCAACCAAUCGUGAAGUGUUGUUCACCUAACGUACCUUGAAUUUACUUCUUCUCCAGCUCAGGAGGGACCAAAGCUUUACUGUGCCUGUUCACGUUGGAGACUUAAUGCCCACAAACAAACACUCGUCUGUCAGAAGGAAGAAGACGUCGCUUUGCUGGACUUCUUUAACCUUAACCAGACUUCCAGACAGAAGUCGUCUCUCUGCGUUCUGUGGUUCAAUCUGUGUUAAAAUCUAUUUAUUUAUUGUUGAGCCUCUUUCCUCCCAUCUUCUGCAGAGGGUUCCACAGAGCAGAGAGGGUUAGGAAGCUACCAGACCUUCAGAGAAGAUGAGGAGAUGAAGAAGCCAACGUUGCACUGAGGGGACACAAAAGAGAACAGAAGGAGUCUGACACUUAAAACAAAGGGACCAUGCACUGUAGAGCUGCUAUGGAGCUCAUCUGUAAAGGAAAGCACUGUGAGGUCGACGUUUCAGCCUGCAGCUGAACCAGGGACUAUUUAACCGGAGGGAGGAUGAAUCUGUGGUGAUGAGGCAGUGUGUGUGUGUGUGUGUGUGUGUGUGUGUGUGUGUGUGUGUGUGUGUGUGUGU